AAUGUAUUGGAAAUUACUACCGAGUAAUUUUUUUUAAAAAGCUGCUUUUCUUGAAAAGCGUAAAAAUAAGGUUUCUAGGCAAAGUAAAUAUUAAAUUUGCUAGCAAAAUGACAGAAAUUAAAAGCAUAGAACAUCCAACACUAAAGGUUCCAUAUGAAAUUUUGAACAAAAAGUUUCGCAUAACACAAAAGACUUUAGAUCGUGAGUUAAAUGCCAUAUUACAGAACGCAGCUAGUGAACUAGAGAAGGGAUUGGAGAAUACUCAAAGUCCUCCGAUUGUUGGAAACAUUGCAAAACUUAUUGAUGGAGUUGUUGAAAAAUUACAUAUUCUCAAAAGGAAAGCAGAAGAGUCAAUCAGUGAAGAGUUAUCAGCUGGUUAUGUCUGCAAACGUCGGAUUGAACAUCUCCGACAAAAUGUUAAACCUGUAAGUUUACAGAGAGAUGUUCCAGAAGAAGAUCCUGAAGAAUCACAAAUUACACUUGCUGCGGAAAAUCAGUGGAAAAAGAUUCGCUUAAAUCGUCUGAUUGUCGAACAUUUCCUUCGUCUUGGAUAUUACGAUACUGCUGAAAUUCUAGCGAAUCGAUGUGGAAUCCGCGAAAUAACCAAUAUUGACAUUUUCCAUAUAACCAGAGAAGUCGAAAAAGAUUUGAGCCAACAUAACACAAUGAAAUGUAUCAUGUGGUGUAUUGAUAACAAAAGCAAAUUACGGAAAAUUAACUCUGAUAUAGAAUUUAAGCUUCGACAGCAAGAAUUCAUAGAACUGAUUCGAAAUGAUCAGCGAAUGACUGCAGUGAAACAUGCUCAGAAAUAUUUUCCAGCAUUUGAACAAGACCAAUUGAAUGAAAUCAAGAAAUGCAUGGCAUUGCUGGCAUUCCCAAUCGAUACUGAAUUGGAGCCAUAUAAAUCAAUGUUGGAUAUCAAACGAUGGGAUGAUUUGCUUGUAAACUUUCGCCUAGAAAAUUAUCGAUUGUUUCAAAUUCCUACACAAUCUGUGUUGAGUGUUGCAGUACAGACAGGAUUGUCAGCAUUAAAGACGCCACAAUGCUAUUCAAAGAAUUCAAAGAAUAGCAGUUGUCCAGUUUGUCAACCUCAAAUCAGUGAGAUUGCUGAACCAUUGCCAUUCUCGCAUUGCGCACAAAGUCGAUUAAUUUGUCGAGUCACCAAGAAACCAUUGAAUGAGAAUAAUCAACCUAUGGUUUUACCAAAUGGAUAUGUUGUGGGGGAGUUGGCUUUAUCGGAAAUAACCAAAGACAAUGGAACAGUCGUUUGUCCCUUUACAAACGAAGUUUGGAAGGAUCCUAAAAUUGACAAAGUUUUCGUGAUCAAGAUUCUACUAGUGUUCUUUCAUUUAGGAAGUGAAGCAAAAAGAUUAAAUGAGAAAUCAAAGAUAAUAAUUAAAAAAUUAAUCUUGAUAGAAGAUGAAAUAACAUCGAACAACAAUAGUGAUUUGACACCGGAAGAAGCUACGAACAAUGUAAUUGUGAAAUUCAGUUAUGCUUUAGAAGAUCUUCUCAAUAUGAAGUUUCUAAUACAAAACAGUAUCUUCUUAUCAGUAAAUGUGAUUCAUCAAUUUAGUGCCUUAUUUUCAAUGGAAAAAUACUUUUGUAUUACAACGUCAUCUUGUUUCCCAUCAAAUUUGGAUGACAUUGGGAUGCUGAUGAAGAAUUUAAUAGUAUUGGAUGAAUUGUUUAGAAGUUCUGAGUACUCCGUUUAUCUCAAUCAUUACGGUGUAUUCAUUUCAGAACAAGAAGAAACAAUUGAUGGAGAUAUUUUGAGAAAUUUACAAAACACUUUACAUGAGUUAAGUUUAUUGCUGGAAGGGAAUAUUUUCCGAAUUGCCAUUGAUAAUCUAAUCGCAUUGAAGGGAAAAAUCAAACCAAAAUCACAGAAGAAACUUGAAAGUUUCAUGCUUGUUUAUAUAAAAAAUCUUAUAAAUGCUAUAAACAUGUAUGAGUCUGACAUCUCAGAACUCACAGAAGUCGAUGAAAUUAUAAAACUCAACGUCUUCCUCGUGAUUUAUCAGAAUUUGUUCAACAAUUGUGAUCCAAAAACUUUUCGAUUAGCAUUAGAAAUAAAUGCAAAGUUUUGUGCAAUUCCGAUUUAUAACAUUAUUUGGAAUGGAAAAGAAUUCAUUAAGAAAUAUAUUCCAAAUUACAAAUUUACGAUGGACAUUCCAAAAACACAACAAAAUUACAUGAGUCAGAAGGUUCAAACAUUAAGUAAAGAAGCUACAUUUAUGUACGCGUCUCAGAUUUCCCUUUGGAUUAUUCAUAUGCAAAAAGAGUCACAGAUUGGCAACGCAGAUAUCAACGAAAAAACAUUACAACAUCGCUGUGAGUUGUUUUAUCAAGGUCUUGUAGUUGCUGGUCAAAUCAGUUUUGUCAUCAAAACUGUAAUUAAUCUACACAUGAAAUUUGCUAUUACAAUGCCAAAACAUUUAGUUCCUAUCAUCUACAAGCUCAUCGAGUAUUUGAAAAUCAUAAAAAAUACUUUUAAUCUACAUUCGUUUUUCAUUGCUGAGUCUAUUGGAUUUGUUUUUCAAUUUCUACAAUUUCAUGCUUUGAAUGUGAUUGGAGCAUGUAAGAAAAAAGUGAUGACAGAAGCAAAGAAAGAAAAGAAAUUUGAUUUGUCGUCAUCGUUGGUUUUGGUAGAAAAACUUCUUUAUGGAACUGUGUCAGUUGAUCGUUUGAAUGCAAUUUCAAUGACGUUGAAUUUAACAGAGCCGGUGAAAAGUUUUGGAAAUGAAUACCUUGGACGAUUGUUGAAGUUAUUGGAUCAUAUGAUGAUUCUUGCACAGAUGAAAACAAAUCUUGAGACACUUUGUGAACCUUCAUUCUUAUUCUGGCAUCAAAAUCUUUUAUCAGCAUAUUUUAAGCAAUUACUUGAUCAAUCUUUAAAUCAGAAGAAAGUGAGUUUUAUUCUUCAAUUAUCAAAUGAAUGUUUGGACGAUGUUAAAGACAUUCAACUUGAAAACGUUCAAAGUUUUCAUUCAUUCGUUCGAAAAGAAUUCGAGGAUAAAAUAAUUCAGAAACUUUGCAAUGAAAUUGAAAUUAAUUUGCGAUUAGAUUUCCAUUCAAAUCUUCAAAUUGAUAAAUUCAAUCCGUUUGACACGAAUAACAAUAUAACAAUUGAAGAUCGAAGAUCUUUAGUUAAUCUUAGACCUAUUCUUAUCAAACAUGAUUACAUUUCAAUACGUGACCAUGUUGAACAUUAUCUUAGUAAAAUGUUUUACAAUCUCACAACGAUUUCUUUGAAAGACUGGAAGACUUAUGGAGAAAUGCGUUUCCUGGCUGAAAGAAAAUAUUCACUUGAAACAAUAAAUGAUCACUUACCAACUCAAACGCUUGAUCAUGGUCUUGAUGUUCUGGAGAUUAUGAAAAACAUUCACAUUUUUGUGAAUUGUUAUAACUAUAAUUUGAAUAACCAAGUAUUUGUGGAACAAAGUAGUAAGAAUCAGCAUCUGAAUACUGUUAAUAUAAAAAAUAUUGCAAAUUCCCUUCGAACUCAUGGCUUUGGAAUUGUCAAUACAGCUGUGAAUUACGUUUAUCAAUUUCUACGUAAAAAAUUCUUCACAUUUUCUCAAUUCAUCUUUGAUGAUCGAAUCAAGUCAAGAUUAGCAAAGGAUUUGAAGAGUCAUCGUGAAAGUUGCAUGGAAGAUGGUCAGAAGUAUAAUUACGAUCGUGCAAAUUCAUUUAAUCGUGACAUUAAAAAGCUUGGAUUAACUGAUACUGGUGAAAGCCUUCUUGAUCAAUUUCGAAAGCUUAUCACUCAAAUAGGCAACAGCAUGGGAUACAUAAGAAUGAUUCGAAGUGGGAUGAAUCAUGUUGGUGCCCAAGCAAGUGUUUGCCUACCAAAUCUUGACGAAGAAAUGGAGUUUGUAGCUUUAUGCAAGGAAGAUGAACUUUCAGCAACAGCGAUCAAAGCAGCGGAACAUUUAGAGGAAGAUAUUCAACAAUUGUCGAAAAGUUACGAAGAAGGAAUGCUUUUCUUUAAACUUCUCGUCAAAACUUUCACUCCAUUUUUUAAGAAUCCAAAGAAUGACCACUUGAAGAACUUCUUCAUUAUCGUUCCAGCUUUAACAAUCAACUACAUUGAACACAUUUUAAUGGCAAAAGACAAACUCAAUAAGAAGAAUAAAGAAGGCGCAUUAUUCACAGAUGAUGGUUUUCCAAUGGGUUUGAUUUAUAUUCUCAAACUUCUCGAUCAAAUCACUGAUUUUAAUGCUUUGAAUUGGUAUCAAUCGGUUGUUGCGAAAAUUGCAAUGAAAAGAUCUAAAAUUAUGCAACAAAAAUCGAAGGUUAGCGACAGCGACGAGAAACUUUUACAAACUUUACUGCUGAGUGAAAAACAAUUAAAUGCUUUCAAGAUGGAAUUUGAACUUUUGUUUUAUAAUAUUAGCAGUGCUAAAAUCUUUUUCCAAAAUUAAUGUUUAAAGCCAUCAAAUUUUAUUUAUCGAAAGGAAAAUGUAAUAAAAUAUUAAAUAUCGUGAAAUCCGA